GAUGGUGCCGGCCGCCAGCCCGCCCUACGUGUGCUAUGUCACCCUGCCCGGGGGCAGCUGCUUCGGCAGCUUCCAGUUCUGUCCCACCAAGGCCGAGGCGCGCCGCAGCGCCGCCAAGAUCGCGCUGAUGAACUCCGUGUUCAACGAGCACCCCUCGCGCCGCAUCACCGACGACUUCAUCGAGAAGAGCGUCUCUGAGGCCCUGGCGUCCUUCAACGUGAGCAGGGGGGGCUUGGUUGGGCUUUUUUGGGUCAGAUUGGGCCAUUUUGUGACCCUGAGGUGGGGUCGUUUAGAGGCGGUUUAAAAAAUUUUAUUCCGUUUUCAGUCUCGUGUGUGGGGUGAGGCAAUGGAGACAAAUGUUAUAAUUCACUCCAUCGCAAUCUGAAGCUAAUUAUUUCUCAUUUCUAAGCUUAUUUCUCAUUUCUAAACUUAUUUCUAAUUUCUAAACUUAUUUCUAAUCCCUAAACUUAUUUCUAAACUUAUUUCUAGUUCCAUUUUCAGUCUCGUGUGUAGGGUGAGGCAAUAGAGACAAAUGUUAUAAUUCAUGCCUAUCACAAUCUAAUUGUGAAGCUAAUUAUUUCUCAUUUCUAAACUUAUUUCUAAUUUCUAAACUUA